CCUACCGACCCUCCGGACAUCUUCGAUCAUAUAGUCGGGCUCGACAAACGCGAGUUUAUUCACUUUCGCAAAACGCUCAAAAGAAGACUCAUUUGAUGGCAAACAGUGGUGUUGAUCCAUCACGUGAUUUUUUACGUUCCGCACAACGUGGUGAUUUAGAUAAAUUGAAAGAGCUAUCGGGCCGCUAUGAAAUUCAAGACUGGACAGUUUAUCGUCAUGAUAGUACAGGAGAUACGGCGCUACACAUAGCGGCGCGAGAGGGCCAUUUGGAAAUUGCUAAGUGCUUGUGCAACGACUGGUCAUAUCCGGCAUUCAAAGUUGAUGUUACUAAUAAAGAUAUGAAACGGCCACUCCACGAAGCUUCUCAGUUUGCACACUCUGAUAUUGUUGAAUUUUUAAUUGACCAAGGAGCGGAAGUUGAUGCAUUAAAACGAGCCGAUUGGACACCUCUGAUGCUGGCCUGCACCAAGAGCGGUCCGGACGCAAAAAUAAGCGUCAAUGCAUUAUUAAAAGCUGGUGCCAAUCCCAUAAUCAGAAAUAAGGACGGAUGGACACCGUUAUUAUUGGCUUGUCGUGCUGGUGAUGUAUCCAUUAUAAAAACAUUACUACAGCAGCCGUUAGUGGUGGCCACGACUGCUAGUAACAAUGGUCGAACUGCUCUCCACAUUGCUGCCUUUCACGGUUGUGUUGGUGCAGUGAGCGCUUUACUGAGUGCUGAGCCAGGACUGAUUGGUAUUUGUGACUCUUCGGGCUCCACACCGCUCCAUGAGUCUGUUAAAUCUCAGAAUUUCAAAGUAUUUGAAUGUUUAAUGAAAUUCGGAGCGGAUGUCCGACAAACUGAUGGAGUUGGACAGACAAUUUUGCAUUUAGCAGCAACGGUGGGUAACUGUGCAGUUGUUCAACAUAUCGUCAGAAAUAAAUUAAUUGAUUUCCGAUGUCGGGAUAAUUAUGGAGCAACUCCGUUAGUUUGCGCUCAGAGGAGUAGAAUGGAAAGUAUUGUGGGUUUAUUGCAGAAAUUUGAAGAAGAACAGUCUCUGAUAUGAAAUAAAUAUUUUUUAAUAGCCAUUUUAAAGAUUGGUACACAUUUAUUUAUUCCAUCUGAUCUAAUCAUUCUCCUGCGCAUGAACAGAAACUGUUGUUUCCUGUGCCAAACAAUUUUCUUUCAAAUAUUUCAUUUCAUCCUUUUACGAUAUAAAAGAAGACUUAAGACGGAAGUGUUUUUUUACUGAAGCAAUUGCAUUUUGUAUUUUUUUUUUGUAUU